AUGGCUAGCGCAAUGCAACGUAAUUAUGGACGUAAUCGUAAACAGAAACGAACAGUCAGUGCACCAUUCGGUGUGCAAAUUCCAUCAUCACUGCAAGAUCCGACAAAUUCUACUUUUCAAUGCAAACAACUCGAAUCUUUGACAAACGACGACCAUGCACGUGAAGUUGCUCUUAGACAUUUACAUGAUCAUGACAGAUUUGUACAUGUCUGGAACUCAACUAAACUUCAUCCGAAUACACGUCGUUUGAUGCGUAAAGUUGCACAAAUACAAACAAUCAAUGCUGUCUGCAAUGGGUUCUAUCGACUUCCGGAUACUACUAAAAUAGAUUUAAACAAACAUAAAAUGGCAAAUGCUGCUCAAAGUACACGACAAUAUACUAAUGAUUAUGAAUAUGAUGAAGCUCUUCAACAACGUAGCUGUGAACAAGCAACUCAAAUACUUGUUGUUAAUGGUGACUGUCUUGAUGUUGCCAUAUGUUUGAAAACUAGAUAUCCAAAAUCAAAUACAGCUGUACUAAAUAUGGCUUCGUCGAGAAAUCCUGGAGGUGGCUGGAAAAAUGGCGCUGGUGCACAAGAGGAAAAUCUUCAUCGUCGCACAAAUAUGUUUCAAUGUCUUGAAGACCCUUAUAAUGAUUUGGAAGGUCUAAGAGAUUGGAACUAUUAUGUACCUGAAUUUGGUGGUAUUUAUUCUCCCGAUGUAUGUGUUUUUCGUGGUUCAGAAUCUAAUGGUUAUCCAUUUUUCUCAAAUGGCCCAGAAUAUAUUUCGUUUAUUUCUUGUGCUGGUUAUUCUCAUCCACCAACAGAAACGGAUAAAAACGGAGAAUUGAAAUUAAGUGGAAAACAUGUGAUACAAAAUACAAAACAAAAAAUGGAAAGUAUUUUCAAAAUUGCACUCGAAAAUAAUCAUGAUAUUCUGAUCUUAUCAGCAUUAGGAUGUGGUGCUUUUCAAAAUCCUCCUAAACAUAUUGCACAGUUAUUUCACGAAGUAAUUGCAACAAAAUAUAGAAGAUCAUUUAAAUACAUUGUUUUUGCUAUCAUCAAUGAUCACAAUGCUAAUAAAGCUCAUAAUCCAACUGGUAACAUUCAACCGUUUGCUGAAGUUUUUCUAGUAGAUACUCUAUCUAUUGACGAACUUCAAGAAAGACUUUCUCAAUCAGUAGAAUAA